UAAAUUUAUGCAGUCCUUCUUCCUUUAUAAAGUUUGAUAGAAAAUUGAGGUCAAAUUCUGUUAGCUUAUGGGAUGAAAAUAAAUUUGUCAACUGCAGCUCAACCACUUGCAUGCAGAAGUCUAUCAACAUGUUUUUUACCUUGGCUAUCCUUAUUUUUAAAUAACCCAUUAAACAACUUGCUCAUAAAGGAAGAUAUCAUUGUUGCCAUUGUGUGUAUAGAUUUGUAAAUGUGUUUGUUUUUAUACAAAUCAUUGUCAGUGGGUAAGAUUGAAAGUAAACCCUAGACACUUAAAAUCAUAAUUUGUAGCACACCUCUUCCUUGAGCAUUGUAAGGAGUCAUUGUUAUUGAUGAAUUAUUUCUAGAUAUCCAUGAAAUCAGAAAUUACCAAUUAUAUUCUACCCAAAUUCUAUAAACAAUUUACCAUUGGAACAAGAGAAAUAAGUGAGUUAACUUGCCUCAAUAAAUUGAAGUUGUUAAUAAAACGACCUACAUAUAAUAUCAAAGUACACAUAUUAGUACAUGUAUAUGAUGUUGACAGGUGAUUUUAGCUUUGAUGUGAUGUGUGAACAUGUAUUGAAUCUCAUUUCAAAAAUAUUUCCUGUUUAGGAGACACUCCGAUGGGCAGUUCUCAUGUUCCUUUAGAUCUCUUUCUUCCAUUUUCUAUUAAAUGUAAUUAAAAAGACCCUUACAAGGAAAUGAGAUAUUUAUGUGAAUUAAAUGUUAUAAUUUACAAAAUAAAUAUGAAAAGGAGGUACAUGUAAUUAUUAAUGCAUGUACACACCUUACAUUAUGGAAGUCCCUUGAGAUUUGCAGGCAUAGAUGUGUUCAUUUAAUAGGAAAGUUCUCAUUGAUUGCAUGCAACAAGUAAACAAUGUUCUAUAGCCAUGGGAUAGCUGAUGAAAGUAUAACAGUUUAGUCAUUUGAAAACCUCAGCAAAUUACAUUUUUAAAAAAUGUGAUGUUCCCUUUAGGAUGUAAUUUUGCCAAACAUAUUGAUUAAAUGACUGCCAUUGUAAUUUGCAAGAUAAAUCCUUUAUUUAUGAUGGACUACACACUGUACAUCUAUUGAGAACAAUAUAGGGAAAAUAGUUGAUAUUUUAGUAUUAGUUUUGUCUGAUUUAUAAAGGCUAUCAUUUUGAUUUAUUAUUAUAGACAUUUUUUUUCAUUCCUUUACAGACAUCAAUUUUGGGAUGAAAUGAAUAGAAGACAGAAUGCACAUUGGACUUCUGGCUGUGAGCAGUAUUCUGGUUUGUGUUCUCUCAAUUUACAUCUUCACAAAAUUCACCUCGGAGAAUACAGAACACACAGAAAAACAAAACAUAAGUCAUGAUAAUAUUGAGAAUUUUAAUACCAUGCACUGGUGCUCUGGACAGCAAUCAAAGAUAUGUCGCUUUCAAUCACUCUGCUAUCAGCCUGUUGAGGAUCAAUUUGUUUAUAUGACUGAAUUGGCAAGUUUAAAGGAAGUGAAAUCAACAUUUCAUUCUCUGUCAUUUUCAUCUGUCAGUGAACUAGAUGUGUUCUCGUUUGUGCCCGUGUUUAUGCAUCGAAAUAUUUCCUUGCCCAAUGUUCGCUGGUUGGAUGGUGAUGUAAUUCUAUUCAAAAGAUUUAAACCUGAUAAUAUUAUGCACGUUCUGCAUGAUGAUGUAAUACCUCUUUAUCACACUAUCAAAUUUCUGGGAAAUAGAAACUUCAAAUUACUAUUCACGGAUAAUUACUCACAAGGCCCUUAUGAUCAACUUUACAGAUUAUUUUUUGAUGUUAAAUAUAAACCUACAGCAACAAAGCAAGACUUUUUAUGUUUUAAGAAUGCUUUCAUGGGUGUUUCAUCUGUGUCCAAGUGGUAUCAGUAUGGUUACCAUGGAAAUUUGCAAGGACCUGUCUUCAAUGAAGAAUUAAGUUCUUUUCAUUUGCAGAGUGUAGCAGCGUCCAUACUUAAGAAAUUAAAGUCAUUUACAGAUACCGUUCAUCAAUACAACCAAGAUUAUCUCGUACUAUUUUCUAGAACAGAAACACGUAAAAUUCUUAAUGAAGAAGAAUUAAUUUCCACCUUAGAGCUCAGUACUAAGAUGAAGAUAUUAGUGAUUCAUGAUGGUGACAUCAGUGAAAUAGUGUACACAGUGAGGGCUUCUAGGGGAAUCAUUGGAAUGCAUGGAGCAUCAUUAAUUCUGGGAUUAUUUCUCAAGCCAGGAUCAAUUCUAAUAGAAUUAUUCCCCUAUGCUGUGAAUCCAGAGAAUUACACACCUUAUCAAACAUUAGCAGGCAUACCGGGGAUGUCAAUUAUUUAUCGCAGUUGGAGAAAUACUGACAAAGCCAGAUCUGUGUCCCACCCAGAAUAUCCCCCAGAAGAAGGAGGGAUCAGACAUUUAGCAGAGAAAAUCCAGGCUGAGAUUAUGGGCCAAGAGGAAGUUCCUCUACAUAGUUGUUGCAAUGAUCCCUCUUGGUUGUUCCAUAUAAAUCAGGACACAAUAGUUGAUGUAGAGAGAGUUGCAAAUGUCACACAAGAAGCAUUAUUCGUGAGCCAGCAGCAGAUGCAUGUUGGACAUCAAACCUUUUCUAUGGAACCAUCAGUAGUAAGAAAUCUACACUGUUCUUGUGUAGAUGAUAAAUUAAGUCUGAACUGGGAACACCCAUGGAAUCUUGAUUACAUGGAAAAUGAUGGAGUACAAUAUAGGCUUGGUAUUCAAAACAGGAAGACUAAAGAAUAUAAUGUAUUUAUUGUAAGUGUAAAUUCAUAUAAAAUUGAGAAGGAUAUAGAUUGUAAUUAUUCAUUUGAUGUUUGGGUUAAUGCAGAAGUCAAUGGUAUUCAUGGUGCAUUAAAAUACAUCGAAUGUUGAUUGAAUAAAAAAUAUCUGCUGUUGCUAUUCUUGAGUUGUGGUAGUUUUAGCGAUACUCCAUUUUUCUUAAUUUUUCAGUACAUAUUAUAAUGAAUACAGCAUGCAAAAUGUUAGCCAAAUGAUAAACACUGCAUUGUUUAUCAGUGUUAAGAUCUGCUUCUUGUUCUGAGUUAUAUAUUAACUCACACAUAAGAACAUAGAAGAGAUUUGCAUUCUCCAACAUAAUAAUUAUGAUUGACAGUUACAGUUUUCUACUCUACAGCAACUGAUGUCUGUUGGCUUAGAGAGAGAGAGAGAGAGAGAGAGAGAGUAUUAAUUUUAUUUACCGGUAU